CUUUAGUCCCACCCCUUUAGAACAGGAAGUAAAGGAAUGGUGUGCGUCGGGAAGCGUGUGGCGGUCCAAUGACAUUGCUCUAGGAUACAGCUGGCAUAGUGUUGGGAGCAAAUUUCAAGAAGCAAAUUAUUUUGGAGGUAACUCUCCUAUAAACCGUUUGCCAUGUGGCCUGUUCUGUGGGCAGCAGCAAGGACCUAUGCUCCAUAUAUUACUUUUCCUGUGGCAUUUGUAGUAGGAGCGGUUGGUUACCAACUGGAGUGGUUUAUCCGUGGGACCCCAGAACAGCCUGUGGAAGAACUGAGUAUUCUAGAAAAAAGAGAGGAGAGGACUCUGCAGGAGACGAUGGGGAAGGAUGUUACACAGGUUUUAAGUCUAAAGGAGAAGCUGGAAUUUACACCAAAAGCUGUACUGAACCGCAACAGACAAGAGAAGAGUUAGGAAUAGGCUUUUGGACCUCUUAAACCCAUUUCUGAUUUGCAACAUGAAAUGCAUUAACUCUUGCCACUGGGACUCUGUGAAUGAAAAAUGCAGUUAAAUAAAUCAUAAUGGAGAUAUUUUUGAUUAUUUCUGAUACUUAUUAACCAAGUUAUUCUCCAGAUCAGUGGUUUUCAAGUUGUAACAUGUGAGCGGAAGUCAUGAUUUUAAAGAUGUUGUGUAUGGGGGAAAAAAUGAUUGUAUUUUUGGAAGAAAUGGAACUGCAACGAUACAAUUGUUUGUGCAAUCAUUGUUUUUUUUUCCUGUGUUUAGCCAGGAAUAAUCUGCAAAGAUUCAGAGACGUGGAAAGAUUUUUGAACAUAGUAAACCACAGCACAACUUAAUUAUUACAGUCUAAUACAUCUUCAUCCAUUAAACAUGUAAUUGCAUUAUUUUAUAGGGCAUGCAAAUAGUACAGUUAUAGUAAGAUAUAGUGGGAUUGCAUUAUCAAACAUUUGAAUUUUUUCCAGAAGACACUCAUUGUGUUAGAUAAAGCAGCGUUGACUAAAUGUUUACUGUUUGGCCAUGUGAAUAUACCUACUAAUGCCCCAAAAUGGGAAUCCUGUUUCUUUAAAUUCUGGAUGGAUGUGGAAGCAUUGUAAAUGGACUGGAAACACUUUAACUGACAACCGGAGAAAUUAAAGAAUAAUGUCUAAGUUCAUACAGUACAUACAGAAUUCACAUUUUAAAAUUGCAUCCACAUAUAGUACACUUAAUUGGUGUGUUUUCAAUGUUUUAGAGCCACUACCUUAAAGUGACAAUAGAGAGGUAAGGAUCCCUGUGAAUACAGAAUUCAGUACAAGUUCCCAGGUUUAUGAUUUCCAUAAAUUAUUUUUUUCUACUACAUCGACAAUAUAAUUAUCACUUAAACAUUUUUUUUUAGAUAUUUUUGCACUUGGUCUGCUGGUUGAAAUGCUAGGAUAGGAUAUCAUUUUAGCUUAGUGUUCUUUGUAAACAAGAAGGCUAAAAAUGUUGCUUGAAGAGUACAUGGCUCAAUGUUUUCAUUGUAUGGAAUUUGUAUUUAAACCACCAGAUGGAACUGUUGUAACAAUA